AUGUCACCACGAACAAAUUCACCGUCACCUUCUUUAUAUGAAAUAAAUACCAAUAAUGGUGCUAACCCUAACGAUAAUAGUGGAAGUCUUAAUGCAUUACUUCCUUGGUCACCAAAAAUUGUAUUUUCAUCAGCAGUAAUACAAUUUUUUUCAUUAAUGAUGAUAUAUUCAUUUUGUAUAACGGCUCUUUGGAUGGUAUUUUGUACAUCAUAUUUGCUUACAUUCUAUGAUGAUACACGUAAAAUAUUUCAUACUUCACGAGUUUGGGCAAGAGUAAAGAAUGGUGUCAGAGAAAGAAUAGCAAUGUUUGGAGAUGAUUGGGAAAAUUUCUUUCAAAAAUACUUUGAUCAAUGGGAUGGUGUUGAUGGCAAUAAAAAUGGACAUCUUGGAGAUACAGAUUGGGAAGAUUGGUUAAAAAGUAGAAUGUUUAAAUUUAUGACAGCAGUUGCAGGUCCAAAUGUUGCUGAUAAAUUUAAACAAUCGGCUUCAACUUGUCAAUCUCAGCAGCACAAAAAAUAA